AUGACAGCUUCUUCGGAUCCCUCUACACAUAACACGUCCUCCGCGCCCUCAGGCAUGGCGCGCGAGACAGGCCAGGGGCGACGCCCUCGCCCUAGUCAUGUCAAGACUGACCUUGAACCCCAACCCCAGCUGGCCGGUCUCCCUGCAUCAGCGGCCAGCGCUUCAUCAUCCGUGUCGCCAGCUUCGCAGCAUGCAUCUCCGACCCAGUCGAUAGCAACAAUUGGGACCGGUGCAACCGCCGGUAGCUCCGUUCAACCUUCGCCUGCAUCUUUAGAGCCGUGCUUUGAGAUCGAGAUGGAAGAGCUCGAUUUCUCCUUUUCGGCAUUCCAGCUCCCAGAACCACUCACACGUCAACCCGAUGAAAGCGCCUCUCAGCUCUCGCGGAGAACUAGCACGACUUCGCUUGGCCAGGGCAGCCUGAAGACUCCUCCUCCCACCAGCGGGCUGACAACAGAAGGCAACAAAGUCGCCAGCGUUGUCCGCCGCGCCUCCACAGUGGUGAAAAACACUACAACCAAGGCACUCGGCAUCCUCAACCGGCGGCCGUCACAGUCUCAACCCCGGAGUCGGGAUACCAGCGUGGGGCCCGGCGUCUUGCGCAGGAGGGGAAGUACAAGCAACCCUACCACUCCCCUUGAUGCUGCGAGCCCCUUUGAUACCGAAUCUGAGGAUGAUGUCCCUGGCAGUACUGGUGACCUGCGAUAUCGCGACGAUGGGAGCAUGUCUCUCGAGUUCGGGUUGAUCCCGCUGGUCCUUCGCCAGGGUAUGCCCAUGGAGAAACUGCGCAUCAAGCGAGGCAACCUGAAGCCCAUCACCCUCUACAUCGAUCCCGACGCGGCAAAGAUCUGGUGGGACCGGCCACAUCGUUCACCCAGAUUUAUCUACAUCGAUGACAUCGCCGAGAUCCGCAUUGCCGAGGACACUCGCCAGUACCGGCUUGACGCCAACCUCCCCGAUUCUUACGAGUCGCGCUGGUUUACGCUGAAGCUCCGACUCCCCGACAAGCAAGGUGAUAAAUUUGUGCACCUCAUUGCACCAACCGAGGCGGCCUGCGAGCAAUGGGUUCAGGCGCUUGAGACCAUUUCUAAGCACCGUCAAGACUUUGCGGUUAGCCUUAUGUCUCUGAACGACAAAGCCGUCCAGGCCUACUGGGAAAAAGAGAUGAACCGGACACUAGGCAAGCAGCACGAUCAAGAUGACGAGCACAUAGAUUUCGCUGGCGUCGAGCGUGUUUGCCGCAGCCUUCACAUCCACAUUUCCGGUGAAAAACUACGCAGAAUUUUCGACACUGUUGCGGAAAUGUCCUCAAGUUGGGACGACCUUCACUCGUGCCGUGGCAGUGAUUUCCGUCUGGACUUCAGGGGAUUCCAGGAGUUCGUUAAGCUCUUAAAGACUCGGGAGGACAUCCGGCGCGUGUUCCAGGAACACACCAAGGACCCAGAGGCUGGUAUGACCAAGGCCGAGUUUCUGCGGUUCUUGCGUGAGGUCCAGCGCGAAGAUGUUGACGCCGGACUGGCGGACUGGGAGGCUGUCUUCGCGCGCUUCGCUCGACGGGGACGGAGCAAGGACGUGUCAAAGCAGCAGCCGGCAAUUGCAGCGGGUAUGACGGGCGUGGGUGCUGCUGGGGGGGACAUCUGCGUGGCCAGCGACGAGCUGACCAUGUCUGAGGCCGCCUUCGCCAGCUUCCUCACGUCCACUUCGAACGAGGUGAUCCCGAAGGAGCCUCAGCAGUAUGUGCUGGACCGCCCAUUCAACGAGUACUACAUUUCGAGCUCUCACAACACGUACCUGCUGGGACGGCAAGUCAAGGGGGUCUCUAGCGUUGAGGGUUACAUCUCGGCUCUUAUGAGGGGCUGCCGCUGCGUCGAAGUGGACUGCUGGGAUGGUCCAGCAGGUGAGCCUGUGGUGACGCAUGGCCGGUCGAUGACCAACUCGAUCUCGUUUGAGGUGGUCAUACAGACCAUCAAUAAAUACGCGUUCGUCAAGUCGCGGUUCCCUUUGUGGAUCUCGCUCGAGGUUCGCUGCGGUGUCACAACGCAGGCCAAGAUGGCCGAAAUCAUGAUCCGGAUCUUUGGCGAGCGGCUCGUUCGCGCACCCCUGGAUCCCACGUCGGAUCGCCUUCCGUCUCCGUCGGAGCUGAUGGAGCGCAUCCUUAUUAAGGUCAAGAAGUCGGACGAAUCGCUGCGGAAUGCUGGAGAGAGGGUUGGCCGCCGGCGCGGAAACAGUAUGCCAUCUCCCUACACACGGGCAGUCCAGCCUUCGGAUGGCACUGGAACCGCCCCUCCUAGCCCCCUCCUGUCGGGGUCGAUGUCUGGCACACGGUCGAAUCGGGCCAUCAACACGAUCACCGAAGGGAUCGUUCAUGAGGCGCAUAGCUGCGGUGCUAGUGAGUGCGACAGCGACAGUGAUCGAGACUCGGUCAAGAAACCCACCACCAAAAUCAACCCCAUCCUGGGUGACUUGGGAGUCUACUGCUCGGGUAUCCACUUCAAUGGCUUUGACAGUCCCGAGGCAAAGACCUUCAAUCACAUCUUCUCAUUCAAGGAGAGCACUUUUGCCGCGAAGAGCCAGCCGAGCUCGGCCAAGCGGGCGUUGUACCGUCACAACAUGCGUUACUUGAUGCGUGUGUACCCCAAUGCGACCCGGCUGAAUUCGAGCAACUUCGAUCCUCUCGUUUACUGGAAGAGAGGCGUUCAGAUGGCUGCGCUCAAUUGGCAGACCUUUGACCUCGGUAUGCAGAUCAACCAGGCCAUGUUUGAUGGUGGCACAGCUGCCUCGGGUUACGUCCUCAAGCCGUUGGAGGGGCGCCAGAUCAAGGUGAUGCCCAGCCUUUCUCCUGAUGAAUGCAUCGGCAAGCGUCCUCGCAAGAAGAUCAGCUUCGAGAUCGAGAUUAUCUCUGCGCAGCAGCUCAUGCGGCCCAGCAAUAAGAAGACAAUGGACCCGUACGUCGAGGUUGAGGUCUUCCUGGCGGACGACAAACGCAACAAAGCCGAUGCAGCGAUGGUGAUGCAGAACUCACCUCUACGGCAACGCACACACAUCGAGCGCGACAAUGGCUUCAACCCUGAGUUUCGUGAGACAUUCCGUUUCGACGUGACGACCAAGUACCCGGACUUGAUCUUUGUGCGCUGGAGCGUCAAGCUGGCCGAUCGCAGCUACAGCGACAAGAAUGUGCUGGCGACGUACACGGCCAAGCUGAGCAAUCUCAAGCAAGGCUACCGCACGAUCCCGUUGCUGGACCAGAAUGGCGAUCGCUUCAUGUUCUCGACACUGUUUUGUCGGAUCAAGAAGGGCCAGUUCAUGGAUGUUAUGGUCGACUACCAGGAGGAUGGCCCGCGCAACAGCAGCAAGUUUAUGAAUAUUGGCCGGACGGUGUUCAGCCAGUCCACCUCGAGCCCUAAGUCUAGUAUGGAUAGCGGCCGGGCCUGA